AUGGUUGACCCCAGUAAAUCUGGUAAAGAUAAGGUUAGAUCCAACACAUUUCAUCAUUUCAAAAAGAUACAAGGGGAAGAAAAUCAUGAGAGAAAUCAAAUAACAUUCAGUAGUACUGGAGGUGUACCAAUAGUAUUUCACAAAUUUGCGCAGGAUUUUUCUGGAGGAGUUAUACGGAAGGAUGUUGUUGAAAUUUUAUCUGGAAAUAAACAACCAAAAGAAAAGAUGGAUAAUCAGAAACAAGUUUUGGUAAAGAAUGGCUUACAUAAGAAGGUGACUCCCGAAUAUAGUAAUAUAAUAAGUGAAAAUGAUAAUUCAUUGGUCAUCAAGCUUGAUCCACGUUAUAAUCCUAAUUUGAAAUCGAAUAGAAUUAAACACCAACCCCUGAUACGCCAACAUACAGAUGUCAAUAAGAAUAGCAAUAAGAAUAAGAAUAUCUUUAAGUUUUCCGAUAGCGAAAUAAAUCAAAACCCAUCGAAUAAAAAUAAAGUUAAAAAGGUAUCUUUUGUUAAUAAUGUGGGCAAACUUAGUGAUAAGACUCAGCACCGAAUAUUCAUCAGUGAGGGAAUAAGUACAGUAUCUGUUGAAGAAUUACCUUCUAUGCGAUCUGCUCUUGUCAACACACGAGCUGAAAAGGGUGAUUCUGAUAUUGCUAGGGUUUAUAAGGAUGAGAAAUGCAAACUAUCUUCUGGUCAUGCUCAUAAGCUGGUAAAAUCUAAGGUAGCUUUACACGAAUUUGAGAGCACUGGUUCAGAUAAGGAUGGAAAUCCAAAUUUGACAGGGAAAUUUAUUGCAGAUUCAAAGAUUAAACUGAAUAAAUUCCAACUUAAGCCACCGAUAAUAAAUGGAUAUUCCACAUUUACCUUCAAGGUUAAUUUGAAGGAUCAAAAAUAG